GUAGAAGCUGCGUGCCUCUCUGGCGGUGAGCGUUGCUUCAGAAACAUCGCUCGCUUGUAGUGUGGUGUGUGGCAAGAGACACGGAAAUUGAUGUUUUUGGACAGAGUAGUAGUAUUCGUAUAACCUGUUUAUUGCAUAUGAAGUAGAUGGGCGAAGUCGAUUUCUUCAAGGAAGUUGUGGAGUUCUGUUCUUCAGCCAGGAUUUUUCAGUUUCUGCGAUUCCAGUCAAAUUUUGUCUAGUGAGUUCUGCUUGUGUUAAGGAAUUGACGUCAUAUUGAAACUGUGACGUCACAAGUUGUGGGAUGCCAUCAGAAAUCAGUUUCGUGAUGAUGUUGGGACGAUUGCUGUUUCAGCAUGCAGAGUGUAGUGAAUGUGUAACGAAGUGAAGCCUUGUCAUUCAUUAGAAGGGCCGUGUGACGUGAAUUCAUGGAGUUUGUCGCUGCAGAAGGAUACACACCUUCCAGCAUGACUCUGUCACCAGAAAUGGAUAGCAGUGACGAUGCCAAGAACGGGGGAGGACCAGAAAUGAGUGCGGGUGGUAAGAUAGUGUUGACCAACCUUCCUUUGCAUGUGAGGAUAGAGGACUUGGAGCCACUGCUGACUCCAUUUGGUUCCGUCCAGAACUGUGAGAAGCUAAACUCACGAGAUGGCUCCACACAAAUUGUGCAAGUCAGCUAUGAAACUCAGGAGCAAGCACAGCAGGCUGUGAGUGAGCUAAGUGGUUACGUAUAUGAGGGCGUUUCUCUGAAAGUGGAGUUUUCAAUGGAGCGUCGAAGCCGGGGACGUGGCGGGUCAAGAGGAGGUGCUGGCGCUGGUUUUUCUGGGCUGCCAGGCUCGGGUCGCCAGACCGAUUUUCCUCUCCGCAUUCUGGUGCAGAGUGACAUGGUUGGAGCGAUCAUUGGCCGCCAGGGCAGCACUAUUCGCCAAAUUACACAGCAGACCAGAGCAAGAGUGGAUGUACAUCGGAAGGAUAACGUGGGGUCACUGGAAAAGGCCAUUACUAUCUAUGGAAACCCAGACAACUGCACCAAUGCUUGUCGGAGAAUCUUGGAAGUAAUGCAACAAGAAGCCAAUAACACCAACAAAGGGGAAAUAUCACUGAAGAUCCUUGCUCAUAACAACUUGAUCGGGCGAAUCAUUGGCAAAGGGGGCAACACAAUCAAACGUAUCAUGCAGGACACAGAUACAAAAAUAACAGUUUCCAGCAUCAAUGACAUCAACAGCUUUAAUCUAGAGAGGAUAAUCACAGUGAAAGGAUCUAUAGAAAACAUGUCAAAGGCGGAGGCAUUAAUCAGCGCCAAAUUACGGCAGAGCUACGAGAAUGAUCUGCAGGCCAUGGCUCCUCAAAGUAUGAUGUUCCCUGGUUUGCAUCCAAUGGCAAUGAUGUCUACCUCAAACAUGGGCUUCACAUCGCGGGGCUCUGCAGGCUUCCCAGGCGGAAUGUAUGGCGCGGGUCCAGCUCCUUAUCCUUCCAUGUACCAGUCAUCUGUUCCUGCUGCACAGUCUGGUGGAGCACAGGGUGGAGACACUCAGGAGACCACAUUUCUGUACAUCCCAAAUAAUGCUGUUGGUGCCAUCAUAGGGACCAAGGGUACACACAUCCGAAACAUCAUUCGCUUCUCAGGAGCAUCUGUGAAGAUAGCACCAUUAGAGCAGGACAGACCUCAGGACCAGCAGACAGAGAGAAAGGUGACCAUCGUUGGUUCACCAGAAUCCCAAUGGAAGGCUCAGUACCUCAUCUUCGAGAAGAUGCGAGAGGAAGGUUUUGUUGCUGGUACAGAUGAUGUGCGCCUAACAGUAGAGAUCCUGGUGCCGUCAAGUCAGGUUGGGCGCAUCAUUGGCAAGGGUGGACAAAAUGUGCGUGAGCUUCAAAGAGUUACGGGUUCAAUCAUAAAACUGCCAGAACAGGGUGCCUCUCCCCCUUCCCAAGAUGAGGAAACUACUGUUCAUAUCAUUGGACCCUUCUUCUCAGUCCAGUCGGCUCAGCGUCGCAUCCGAGCCAUGGUUCUGCAAGCCCAACCACUGCCUGCAGGGGCACGGGGUGGUCAGAGAGGGGCACCAUCACGUAGAGAACCACCACAGCAGUAGGAGUGUGGAUAUGAUUGGAGGACGAGCACUGAUGGCAACCACAGUUGCAAGUUUGAAACAACGUAUAUACCUCAAUAUAUUCAGAAGAAAGCAAACAAAGUACACCCCCACAUUUAUACCAAAGAUGUGAUGCUGAAGAACGAAGAAACAAUUUUUAAAAAAUACCAUUGGGAAAUGAAAAAUAACAUUUCGAGUUCCUGAUAAUAUUUUGUGUGAAAUCUUUUUCCCAUAAUUCGUCCGUUAAGUACAUCGUUGAUUGCUUAUAAACUGGUAGUUACAGAUGUGUUUUAACGGGAAGAUAACCAGGAUAGGUUUUUGUGUAUGAGUGUAAGCAGGAGGUUUUGAAGUGGAGUUCUGGUUUAAUUUUCAAUUUGAUAUAAGGGAAGCCUCGCAGGGUUUGGAAGCAGGUAACUGUUUCUCUGUUUCCCUGUCUUAAUCAUUACUUAAAUUGAUUCAGGGACUUAUUACGCAUGGAUGUAGUGUUCUUUUUUAUUAUUGAGGAAAAAGGGUGAAGCGUGAUUUAGAGAGAAUGGGUUGGAAGUGAUCGCAAUGAGAGUAUUUUUGUUUUUGUUUUAGAAACAAAAUGAACAGAUAUGUUGUGAGGGUUUGGGUAAGUGACUGUGUGGCUGGUUGCGCAUGUGACACUUUUGCCUUCUUACCUCCUUCCCUGUCUUAAUUCCAUGAUGGCAUUAAUCUAACCGCCUCCCUAAUUUUUAAGGGGGGAGAGAAUAGUUUAUGAAUGUUUUUUUUUUCUCUUGGGGAGUCGGAAAUCCCUUGGAGAAGAAGAGGGAUAAUUGCGUAUUCGUCGUAUCGUCUUACUGUAUGUAAAAGGAAAGGUCCACCGAACUUUCAUUCAGUCAAAAAUGUGUAUUUAAAAAUACUACGAAGAGGAAGGGUAAUAUGUCGAUUUUUUUAAUAAUGUGAUUCGAUAUAAACGGUGUUUUGAGACCUCGAUUUUAAGGAGGUUUCUUAAUGGAGGUGAAUGAUAAAUAAGCAAUUUCAGGGUUCCGAAACUACCAUCUCAAUCGGAUUCCCUGUUAUUUAGUUAGUACAAAAAUUAAAUUAAAAUAUAAAAGAGGGCCACUAUUGUUGCAAAUAUAUUGUGGUUCUUUUUUGCCUUUAUAAACAAAGUUAUUACACAAAGUUUAUUUUUGAUACAUUGUUGGGAGAAAUUUUUUUUUGUUAGAUUUUUAAUAUAAAAAUUAAAAUGACAUGUAGCUGUUUGGGCUAUGUGUUGUAGAAAAAUGGAGAAGAAAACGUUAGCCGAGUGAGUGUGAAAGAAACAAAUGGCUGCACAUUAUUAUAUUUAAAGAGUAACCAAUAACAGGCAUAACAAUGUCCAUACAUUCUGGCCGGCAAGAGUGAACCAGCGAAUGUUAGCAUAAUCUUAUCAUCUCAAAGAAAACCCAAUGUGCAAGCAGGAAGCCCGCUGAGCCUCAACGUUUUUCAAUUCAUUCAAAUCAAAACUGUCUCAUGGUCAUAUAUUUUUUUUUAAUUUUCAAAAUUUGAAUACAUUGAUUUAGAGUAUGCUCAGAAGUUAUAUAAAAGAAAGCUGAUUUUCACAUUUUGAUCCUCAAAGCAAUUUAGAAGAAAAGACUGUGAAUCUUUUAAUGGAAAUGUGUUUCUUGCAGUCUCCUUUUGAUUGCUUGAGUUAUUGAACCCUUUAAAAUUUUCACAUGGAUUUUGGAAAGAUUGAAAACAUAGCAAAACACCACAAACCAAGACCCUCCAAAAUAAAAACAAACACAGCUGAUAGAAAAUACAAAAAAAAAUGUUUUAUUGUACAAAUGCAAGAUCGAAAAUGGAACUUUUACCGACUGACACUGUAAACUUAGGUGGAUUCUGACAUAUUACUGCAGUAAACAAAAAUACUACAGGGGAGACCUUACAUUCAAAACAUUGAACUACAUAUAAUAGAAAUAAGGAAUAUGGACUACGCAUAACUGUGUAAACAUUCAGAAAUUUUUUGUUUGUUAGGAGGUGAAAUUAAAAGUAAGUCUAUAAGAAAGUGAAGCACACUUGCAACAAAAAAAUUAUAAAAAUAUAAGCAUUGCAUGUGAUUUGAAAGUCCCUUGCUUAGCAGAGAUUAUCUGGACUGUUUUGUGUUUGCUGUUAUUGCUAGAUGUGACAAUGCCAGAGAAGGAAAGCAGUCACCUGCUGGAAUGGGCUUAGGCCAUAGCAACCCCCUCCUCUCUGCUGCUCCAUCUGGAGUGAUGGGUUUAUGUCCCAUAACCUAGAGUGGUCACUAGGCAGAGUUUGGGUGUUGGGUUGUGCCCUUUUUUGCUCCUAGAGGCGAGGCUGUGUUGUUACGGAACACCAAACGCCCGAACAGUGCCUAGUCGGCUGGCCUGACUUUUGUCAUUCCAGCAUGGUCGGAUCUGUUCAGUAUAGUGGCUUUCAAAUUAAUUGUGUAUCAAUAAAUAAAAGAAGCGAACAAAAAUAUUGAAUGAAACUUAGAAGACUGGGAAUUAAGUUUUUCCAAUGCCGUGAAAAAUAUAUAAGUAGUUGUUUUCCCGAAUCAGUCUUAUAUUAUUGAAUAUAUAAAUAUUGAGUGAUGCUCAAAUCGUACAUUUCAAUUCUACCAAAGGAAUUGGAAAGGUUUGUGAUGAACCGGCUUCAGAAUUCUAGCAGCAUUGAGCUGUGCUUGAUGAUCCAUAUCCUUUGGAUGACACUUGAAACAGGGAUACUAAAGGGAAAAUAAAAGAAAUACAUACAGAAACGAAUAUUGUACUGGAGAAACAUUGUUCUUUUCAAGAUAGUAGGAUGUAAGAAUCUGAAGAAAAUUUACCAGUUGAUUGGUUGAUGUUUAAUUUGUUCCAUACCUGGUAGGAUGGACCCAUGUUACAUCAGUUCCUCUUCUGACUACUUGAGAAGCAGUUUUGCAAUUUUUCUUCUUAGAUACAAACCGUAAUUUCUUCUUUAACUCGUAAUUUGUAAACCACCAGAGAAUGUCUUCUUGACAUAUAAGGGAGUUACAUUACAAAAAGCACACUGCUUCUCUGCUUGAGUGUUGGAAUUGUACCUCACAAGCAUUGCCAAGGACAGGCCUUUCUCCAAACAUUCCACAUCGACUGAUCAGUCCAUGAAAGAACAGCAUAUCUGCAGUUCUGAAUGGUUUUAAUGUAGUAAAUGCAUAUAUAUACAUAUACAUAUAUAUUAUUAUAUAAAUAUUACAGUAUGGAUGUUUAUGUUCAUAAUAUAUACAAACAAAUAUUCUUUUUUCUCUGUUAAUUUUUGCUAAACUCAGGUUUUGCUUUAAACAAUACUAAUAAUAACAAUUACCUCAUGAGUAUUCCAGAUGGGACACUCAAAACAAUGUAACUGCUUCCCCACCUCAGUUUGUGUAUCGAUGAAUGUUUCGGAGAGAGGUGAUCUUGGUUGUGCUGGUGUGAUCUAAAUGUAGGUACUGUCCAAGUCACUCUUGAGGCAUAGGAAUGGUUUUUUUUUUUACUUAAAGCAUUUCAUUUGUUAUAAAUGACUUAGAAUUCUUUCACAUCAAUUUUUGAAAUCUUGACAACUUUUGCUUUUUUAUGCUUGAGGCAGGAAUUUUUAUUAUCUUCAUUUUAGAAGAAGCAGAGUGCUUUUCCAUUUAUUUAUUUCAUGGCAUAUCAGUUGUAAGGAAGAUUAACAUUUUUUUUUCUAAGCAGCGUUAUCAUUGCUGCUGUGUAUGUUUUAUCCAUAAAGGUAUCACAGUGGCAGUUUGGGUGUGUUGGCUUCCCAACCACCAUGAAUUUCUGGGUGUGGUUUUGGCUUUCACUAUUUUUAAUUUUCUCCAAUUUUGAAUAGUUUGCAUCUAUGCAAAAGCAGGAACAGGUUACUUUCUUUUCUCGUGCCAGAACCAUUACCCAAAAGCCCAUUCACUACCUCAAACAAAAAGAAAAUAUAUAUAAAUAGACUUAGUUGUUCACGUAUUUGAGAGUGAAAAAAAAAAAAGCUGUGUGCCACAAGAACAGCUAAACAGCGCCUCAUGGAACAGAAGAAACUCUGUGCCCCGGUUCACUUCACAGUGAAUAUAAUGAAACAGAUGGCAGUGGGGAUUCAGAAGUAAUGAAGCCAGUGUACCACCGCAGUGGCACUGAAAGUUUACCCCGUACCACUUCACUAGUUGAUCGACUGGUUUAUUUUCAUGAUUUUAUUAUUAUUAUUAUUUUUAUUUUAAUGAGAUAGUUUCUGAGCUCAGUUAUGUUUUUCAGACUAGACUUUUUUCCCAUUAUAGUUAUGUCUGUUUCAUUCAGUGGAAGGAAGGGUUUAUAGUUAUCAUAAUCACCAAUACUUAACUGUAUGACGUUAAUAAUAAUCUUUCUUAUAUUUUCACAGCAUUGCAUAUGCAGUUUAAGAAAGAACUUUCCUUAUCUGUACUAUGUACAUGCAUUUCAAAAUUCCUGACCAUUAAUAUAACUGCGUGUUGACUUUAAUUUUUGGGGAUGGUAAACUGAUACAAAUUUCCUAGAUGGAUAUGGUAUUAUGAAUAUUUUUUUUUUGUUGUUUGCAUUAUAAUUCAGUGAAAUUGAACAUAAUUUCUAUGAUAUUUUGACAUAGUUGGGCAUGCUAGUAUCGCAAGAAGCAAUGUGUGUAUAUAUAUUCUUUCAGUGGAGAGAGUUUCUUUAGCUUGAGUGCUGAUUUGUUGGAAAAUUUGCAGUGCAACUAACAGGAACAAUGAACAUGGUAUUGACAGUGCCAUAUGAUGAGGUACGAAGGAGUGAUGACUCAUUAUCGUACAAAUUGUUCUCAGGUAUAAUCAGGUUACUUUAAAUAAGAUAACUUCUUUCUUAUAAACACAUAGCGCCCACAUUUUUGUGCAUUACUAGCAUGAAUUUUCAGAUAAUUAAAGAGUUGUAACUUCAGUUGUCCUUCCCAUGACACCUCUUUCAAGGUGCUCAGAUGUAUUAUUUUGAAAAAGAAUAAUGUUGAGAGGUUAUUAUGUUGUCAAGAGGGCUUAUGUGGAGUACUGUCUCCAGCAUAUCACCACAAGCUCUUGUUGAAAACCAAUAGGCCCUAUUACUACUACUGCUACUACUACUGCUAUUAUUAUUAUUAAUAUUAUUAUUGUUGGUACUAAUAAUUUGAUUGUAGAAAUAUGUAUUGCAAACAACAAAACAGCAAGAAAAUGUUCUAUUUAUAAUGUACUGUAAUACCCAGCAUUAUAGUCUUAUGUUCUGCUCUUUCUGUAAUGAACCAAUUGUAAUUUUUCAUAUAGCAGUUGAAACAGAAGUGUUGAAUAUCUUUUGUUAUUUUGAUUAUUUUCUGUCUUUCUGAAUUUUGAUGAUACCAUAUUAACUUCUCUGUAAUAUCUCUUCAUGUUUAACAUGAAUAAUUAUUUUUCUUUUGCGUGACCUUGGCCUAACUUGCCAUUAGGUUGUAUCCCUGAAAUUAGAAGUGUUCGGCCUUUUAACAGCUUGGUGUUCUAGUUUGAUACAUAAAGAAAUUUGAUGUUUUAUGUUUAUGUUUGACAAGGAGAACUUAGCAUGUUUUGUGGCAAGUUAGGCCUUCAGUUAGUGUUUCAGAUUCAGGUGAAAAUAAAAAUAAGGUGCUGUGAGUACAAGGUUGCGUUGUCUCCUUGUAUUUAAUUUAAUGUGAGGAAUUUAUGCUGACCAGGCCUGAUUGGCAUAACAGUCCUGGAAGAAGGGCAUUACAGUGUAAAUGUAUAUUGCUUGUGUGACUGUAAAUAGCACCCAUCCAAGUUGGUGGUGUGAGAUAGGGAUCAGCAGCUGAUGAGGUUUACUGCAACAAUGUUAUAUGGGUAUCAUGUCAUAAUAUAGCGAUGGCUUCAUUUCAGCAUGCUCACAACCAAAUCCACCCCGAAUGGGUCCCAUGGCAUAACACCACAUUACUGCCAACACAUAUGGAGUUUAAAUUGUGCAUCUACCUCAAUAGAUUUUACAAUUACCUCAUAAACCCAUUGGCCCCUCUCAGAAGUUGUGUAGACUGUGUUGAAAAAGGCUAUGUAGCUGGAUAUAUCUAUAUUUCAUGACCCUUUUGUGACAGGCAUGUGCAUCCUAGACUACUGUUUGUGCAGUUGGAAUUUUAAUAGCCUAACAAGAAAAUCAUGUAUCCCCAUAGAUUUGAAUGUACCUUCAUGUCAGAAGCAAGGUAUUCAAAAUUAAUUACCCCCAUAUUCCUCCUUCCCCCAAAACUUAAAUAUACUCAAUUUGAUAGUUAUUUAUGGGUACAAACUAAAAAAUUCCUCACAUUCUCACCUAUAAAAAAACUUGCCCACAAAAUCCUGAUAUUUACCCUUUUUAAUCUAUAUCAUUAUCCUCACAUGGUAGUAACUAUGGUUUCCUGUUCAUAAGAGAAACUUUCAUGCAGGGAGUAGGCUCGAUUGAAGGUGCUACAUUGUCUUGAAAUAUGUGUAUAAUAUGAGGUUCCCCUCCCCCAUAUCUCUGUUUAUUAAUUGUCUUGGAUUCCUUUCUGGUUAUGUCGAUCUAAAUUGAUAUUCAGCUGAUUUAAACCGAGGUAAUAUAUUGUUUCAGAAAGUAGUUGAAAUCUGCAAUUUAAUGGAGAAGUGUGGAAUGUGGCUGAUAUCCCAAAACAAUGUUGAUUGUUCAAUCGAAGUUACUCUCAAAGAACGCAAGCUUUCGUAUGUAAUCAUGCAAUUAUAAUCUUGUCAUUCAUUGGCUUCAGUGCCUGAAAAAAAAAAGCAUUAUGAUUUUUUUCCUUUCUUUUGCAAUUGGAAGUCAAGCAGUCCGUGAUCAAGUUAGCCUCAACCACAGAGGCGCCUGCAAUAGAAACAAGAUAACAUAACGGGGUGGUUAGAGGCUAGGUUUGAGACAAAAGCUGCACAUUGGCACUUGAAUGAUUGAAUUGUAUAAGUAUU